CGGCAGUUGAGUGACUUUCAGUUGGAUGCCACCAAACCUGUUUGGUCAAAGCAUACACUUUGGUCAGAGAAAAGGUGGUUUGCAACUGAGGAAUCAAGAUGGCGACUGACAAACGACUGGACUUCAUAGAGAAUUACUGCACUCUCUUUCUCCAUGUUAAGCCUGACAAAUGGACCAAGUUUGCAACCAGUGAGGAAGUGCACUCCAUGCUCAAUGAGUUCUACGAGAAGCAUGAUGUGACAGCACUGGUGAUCACCCUCAAUCCCACUGGACAACUAGUUCCUUGUCUUGGCUUCCCGGCAACACUGAAGAAUAAAGGAGUUUAUUUUGUGAAAAAGAGGCGUGAAAAUGUUAACAAAGAUAACUUUCUGGAUUUACUCCUUGUUGGAGAUCUCAGCCCCUCCCCUGUAGAGCAGAUGAUGGCUGUCGUGGAAGAGGUGGUCUAUUCCUUAUUUAUGAAGCACGAAAACCUUACUGGAUGGCCUCAAGUGGUAGCUGAUGAUGUUAUACGGGCAGCUCACAGACUGAAGAAUGAGAUGUUUGUGAUGGGAGGAAAGAUCAAAGGGAAAACACUGCUUCCUCUGCCAGACCACUUAGAUACCUUGGAGAGUGCAGUGGAUAUGUUUGACACUCUUCCUAGAGCUGUGGACAGUACACUGUUACACUCCAUUGAAACCAUCAUCAUUGACUGGUCUCACCAGAUACGAGAUAUCCUGAGCAAAGACUCAGCACAGCCUCUUCUGGAUGGCUUGAACCCAUUACCCAGAGUGGAAUUUGAUUUCUGGCACAGUCGGCAGGUUAACCUGCAGUGCAUAAAUGAACAGCUGUAUGCCCCUCAGGUGAAAAAGAUUGCUGAUAUUUUGGAGAGGGCAAAGAGCUGUUACUGGCCAGCCCUCAGGAAUGUUUUCAAGGACGUCUCUGCAGGACUGAAGGAAGCUGAUGAUAUUAACUUGUACUUGCAGCCACUGAAAGUUGUAUUGGAAGAAGUGGAACAAGCUGAAUAUCAACAGGUAUAUAUAUUAAAGGGAGGAAAUAACAUUUGA